UGUUGAUUUAGAAACUCGUUAGCGUGCUUUUCCUCAACUUUUCAGUUUACAUGAAUGAGUACAUUUCCGGUUGUAGAAGGAAGUUCAACUUAUUUACCAGCACGAACGGCCAAGUAGUGCUAGCUACAGUUCGGACGGUUUGCUACUAUGAAAGUGUCCCGAUUUCAGAGGUAUUGUUUGAUGUCAAAUUUUGUGCUCUUUUGUAGGCAUGAACGAACAUACUGAUUCAUGAUACCAAUUUGACCUCAGUUAUUCACUAGAAAAGAACGUCUACGUAGCGCUGAGCUCUAGUGCUCUAUGGAAUAGAUAAAAAUGUUCAAUUGAUUGCCUAGAAGAUACUAUAUAUCUUUGAUUUUUUUUUCAAUGAAUGAUCGUCACGUUUCCUGUCAGAAGUUUGCACGAGUUUCGAUCGAAGAAGGUCAAAAUUAAUGCAUGUUAUCAAAACAAGAUCGUGUAUUUUCCAUGCGUGUAUUUUCUUUGCUAUCAAUUAUUAUUGCUUGACAAGCUAUAACAUACUCGCGUUCCUUACAGCAUUCAUUUAUUUCUGUCAAACUGAUGACGUGCUCCUUCAGGGCAAGUCGAACUUAGGAACGAACCGCACGCAGUCGCUUAGACACGAAGUUACAUGUCAUUUUUUCUGCUCUGUUUCUGAUCGGCUCAGUUGGAUGAAAACGGCUUGAAAUCAAAAUUAUCGCUUUUUAGCGUUCAGUUGACGGACUAGUUUUAUGCGGUCAUUAAAUUUUUAUACCGAUCCGUAUAAAAGAUUUCCCUAGACCUAAAACAAGUUAUUACAACAAGAAAAACAAACAUUCAGUAAGACUGUUUACGGUAAGACUUCUUGCUGGCUUCGAAAGAAUAAUUCAUCGUAAUUCCAAGCAAUGCUCCUUGCCCAUCUCUUUUUUAUCUUUAUGUUAAUAAUAAUGUUUCAAAAUUCAUCAAUAAUUCACCUAUUCAUGGUUAUGUUAAAAUCUAACGCUUUUGAAACCGACGUUGAAAUUACCGAUGGUAACCAAUCAAAAUUAAAAGGACGAUCCCGCGACUCCUUAAGCUCAAAAAAGAGGAGUAACUUAAGCAUCCUUAUUUACAAUUUUUGAGGUUGAUUGUUUCCGCUUUGUUUUGUCUCCAUGGAAAUGUUGAAAAAAUACAAUACCGUCUUAAUGGGUGGGAUAACGACUGAUAAGGAAGCGAAUUUUUUUCUGAUCGAGGACAUCGAUCCAUUUUGUUUUUAGCCGUAUCUGCUUGAUAUCUUAGAUUAAACGAUCAGGUGAAUAAGGAGCGCCCGCAAGGGGUAUACGUUGAAGGACCCCUGUUGUGAAAAACGGUGAACAGGGGAAUGAGUAUCAUCAGUUUACCAUUGAGCCUGUUCCAAGGAUUCGGAUAAAGCGGAAAAAUAAACUCGUACCCAGAUCUCACUCUGUUAAGGUGCGAGAUUAGGGGAAAGCGCAAAGAAAAUAGACAGAAUUAAAUUUUCAGUAACCACCAAAAUAUCGGCCAUGAUGGCCGCCAUUUUAAAUGACUAACCUAAGUUAAAUACCUGCCAAUUGUUUUAUGAUCACAUUGUAGAUAAAAAGCCGUCCAAUUUCACGCUGGCCUUCGUGUCUGAGCAACAUAAUUGUGACACCAGAGGUGCAACUUUGUAGCAUCUAAAUGCAGUAGCUUUAGAAUAAAUAUAAGAAAAUUCUGUCCAACAGUUAUAGGAUGUUAUUAUUGGAAUGAUAUUUCUUUAUCUUUAGGUAAAAAGACAACUAAAAAAUUGUUUAAAAGAACACUAUAUUACUAUUAUCUUGCUCAGUACUAAUAACUGCCAUACCGACCCUCGUGUGUUCUUAGAUAUUUUUGUGUACUUUCCUUUUUAAUUUCUCUCUUUUACAUUUCAAACUUCAAAUACUUGUCUUUUUUUUCUCUUUUAUCCUAAAUAAAACUGUUAUUUACUCAUUGGGCUUGAAAUUAGUUUUACUAUUGAUAAUGUUAUCUUGUGAUAAUGAUAUCUUCGAAUCCGGUAAUAUAAAUAAAUGGAUGAAAUAAUAAAAUACAAAAGAAAAUACAAACGAAUAACCUCACAACCCAUGUUUGAUUAAAUUCCGUCUUUAUUUCAACAGGCGUGGUGAGAUUUCUGAGCAGAUCUACAACUUCAUCAAUGGCGAGUUUAUUCCCCCUCUUGGAGGAGCAUUUGCUGAGACAUUAAAUCCAAGUACUGGAGAAGCCCUAUGCAAGUAUCCUCUAUCGACCAUUUUGGAUGUACAAAAAGCGGUGGAAGCUGCGAAAUCUGCGCAAAAGCAAUGGUCUAAAAUGUCUACGGUACUGUCACCUGAUAUAAAUUGUUUGCAUCUGACACUUUAUAGAACCUCUAAUAGGGCGUUUUCACUCACGUAGCCAGCAUCAAUGCAAAUUUAUUGGAACAAAAGAAAGCGUUUGCAUAAGAAAAGAGUUCAACUCCCACAGGAUUAGUUCGGGACGCCCACAAGGCCGCCGUUUCACUGUUCGGGACACCAAUAUGGCCGCCGUGACGUCAUGUGAAAACACUCUAUUUGAACUCGACUUGGUGAUUCAAAGCUAAAAUUUCCCACAAAUGUCAAGGCCUCUAGAACAAUUUAAAAUUCGAGCCUUUUCCGCCCGGCCAAUCAGAGGGAAAGGUGUAAAGUAAAAGACAAUUACAUCACUCGUGACAAACGUCUGAUUGAUACUGCGCGUCCACGUGACAUGGCCUUAAGCCAAUGGCAUUGCCAGGAAUGGAAAAAGUACUGACAUUUUCUAAGUUAAAACUAUUUGUUGCCAAAAAUUGCCACUUCACAUAUGGUUCGCAAUCUGAUAAGUUCAUUGUAUGCUUACUAAAAAUUUCCAUUAUAAUUCACCAUAUAUCACAACUGCCAAGGUUUUAAAGAGCACAUUUAUCUUCCGAAUUUUAAAAUUUAAACACUGGUUUUUUAAUUACGACCUCAAUAUUAGAUCAAUGUUCUACUUCUUUUAUUGUUUGUUAUUUGUUUUUGUCUCAUGCAUGCUUUUUUUACAUCAUAAGAUCAAGAGAGCCAACGUAUUGAACCAAGUGGCUGAACUGUUGGAGAAAAGGUCUGAAGCGUUUGUUCGCGCGGAGAUUAUGGACCAGGGACGAGCUAUCCAAGGCGCCAGCAAAGAGUACAAUGAUGUUCACAGAGAGGUCCACAAUAUCAAACACUUUACUGCUUUAGCGAUAGCCAUGACAGAAUCAGCGACGAAAACAAAUGGUAAUGAAUUGGGUUUUAUCCGGUCCAGUUAUCAGGAAUGAAACUUCCUCUCACAAUUGAAAUUUUGAGAAAUAAAAGAGCGGAAUUUUCACAUUUAUAAGGCAAAAUGCUUGAAGAAAAGAGAGAGAACCAACAACAAACUCAACCCACAUAUGGCGUCGACGCUGGGAUUUCCAACCCGAGCCACAUUGGCAUCGGCAUGAGGGGAGUUCUCUCACGAUUGCAUACAAUGCCAGUUUAAGAGGAUUUUGCGUGGUGAAAAAUUGGUGUUUGCUAACAUUGAAAGAGUCGCCUGAAAUCUCCCAGAACGAAAAUGGGAAUUGGCUUGGGAAAGAAUUCGUUUCCUUGAUCAACUAUUUUGUUUCUGAAGGAAGAGUCUUUACCGACAUCGGCAUAACAGUCGCUGUCAAAAUAGCUUAUUUCGAGUCUACAUGGGAUUCACAAACAGAAUAUACUGUAGGCCGGUUAUUGUUCUAAAGUGAUCUAUUUUCUUUCUUGAUAGAUUCUGUCAGUUAUUCGUGCCGUUAUCCUUUGGGGGUGAUCGGAAUUAUCACUUCUUGGGCGUCACCUCUACACUCGGUGUUGUGGCACGCCAUUCCAGCGCUGGCCUGUGGUAACUGCGUUAUCAUCAAGCCGUCAUGUCUGGCACCAAUUGAAAUUCAUUUACUGGCAAAAACAUUUAGUGAUGCAGGUAAUUAACUAAACACAUGAUUGCCAGUCCCGGUCUCGUUCCAAAAAAAAUUCGUAUAAAACAGGAAAAAAAUUACCACCAGGACAACCAAACACCUAGAAUUAGUAUCGCCGAUCCCCAUAUCAACACCUGAUUGGAACAGGAAAACCAUUAGAGCAAUCCCCCUACCUCCCCCCCCCCCCCCCCCAACAAAAAACCCCCCCCCACCCACCCCCCCCCCCGCGUCACAGACAAAAACCCCCCACCACACCAGCAGGACGAGAGACAACAACCGAACAAAAAUUUCUCUUUCUAAGUUAUAUAUCACCCACGACAAUUUAUAACAUCCCCCCCCCCCCCCCCCCCCAAAAAAAAAGGCCCUCGCAUCCCUGGCGGCGCUAGUGGUAAAGUGAAAUACACCUGGUCAAAAUAAGGGGGAAGGGCGCUGAAACACUCUUAAAAUUUCUCUUUCAAAGAUGUCGUGCCCACAAGUGAAAUUUAAAGAAAUAAAAUCAAAGAGAACUAGUUGCCUGUGUUCAGUAGCUUUUGGGUUAAGACUGCAAGUGUUGUAGUUCGAUUUAUUUAUUUAUACAUUUAUUUAUUUGCUAGCGGAGCCGCGAAAAGAUUGUCUCCGCUUCCAAGAAAGUACCCCGGGCAUAACAAUCCCGCCAGCUACGUAGGCUCGAGAGCUACUGGAAUUCUUUUUGAUGUAUCCAUACGCAACCUGGGGAGUGAACCCCAAGGAUUUCUGAUGUUGCUGCCUGUUAAAGCCUUAAAUAAGGACCUGACUUAAUUCUUAAGCUAAUUAGUCUUUUAAAUCUUUUGUAAACAAGGAGUACCGAAAGGUAUAGUGAAUGUGGUGUAUGGUAAAGGAGACGCUAUUGGGAAAACCAUAACUCAACAUCCCAGUAUGAAGGCAUUGGUCUUUGUAAGUACGUCAUUUGCAAAUAUAACUAACCUAAACACUCGGAAUGACUGACACAAAGGAACACAGCUAUAGAUAAUAGUUUCCUUUGAAAUCAGGAAGAUGACUGUAAGUGACUGACUGUACGUCCUCAAGGUCGUCACAUUUUGAUCAUUAAUUAGCAAUGAGAAUCGAAGCCACAGACCUCCCAACAAUAAACGUUUGGUAAGUUCCAACUUAUAGCCCAAGAACUUACACCACAGGCUUGACUGCAAGAGGUUUUUCAUCAAACGCACAUGGUUUGAUGUUCCUUAUUUACUAAAACAGCAGUAAAAGGUGGAAACCUUACCUUAUCAAUCCCGAGGGGGAGGGAAGUGGUUCACUCCCGUUUGAAAGCAACGGCUUUGGUCGUCAGAAAAUUAGAACUUAAUCCCUUAAGUAUGCCAAUCUGGGUGUUGCUUUAUUCGGAACCCUAAAAUAGACCAUGCUAAACAACGUACAUUUCUUGUGUUUUGCUUAUCAGGUAGGAAGUGAAAGGACUGCUUGUAAAGUCUUAAGAGAUAGAAGUGACCAUCUGCUUUUUACAAAGAAGAUUUCGUUUAACUUGGAAAACUGUCAUGCAAUGAUUAUCUUUGACGACGCAGAUCUAGACGAAGUCCUUCCAGCUGCAAUUAGGGGAAGGUAAAUUUAAGAUUGGACGCUUUAUGUACUGUAUUAGACUUGAGACAAUUAGACAGUGAACAUUAAUAUAAAGACAACUUGUUAUUUUGAUGCACAGUUUAUAAACUAUGCGAUGUAUGUCACUUUUUCAGGUAAGUGCUCCAUCAUUGUUAGCUAAGUUGUUCCCUAAAUUAAAAUGGCUCAGCAAAACGGAAAUGCUUUUUUGUCAAUCGUUUGACUUUUUGUUCUUAAGGAUAAAACCUGACCUUCGUUUAACCCAGUUCUACCAAUUUUUUUCCUAAUCGCACUCAUGAAAUAUGAACUGAGUUGUCAGAAAACUUCAACAGUGGUAUGCACUUUGUUGCAAAAUUUGACUCGGGGAUUUACAGAAACUGAAAAUGCUUGAAAGGAACCCACUAAAAAUCUAUACUCUCUUUAACAGUUUUAAGUACUUAGUCAGUACUUAACAAAGAAAACUCAUCAAAAAGGUUACCUGUAGAGUGCGGUAUUCGUAGCUAAUACUGUUUAUACAUACGAGUAAAGAUCACUACGAUGGUGGAUCAGGAAACUCAUUGAAAAUAUUGCAUUUGUUUUCUUUUGUUUUGUCUUCACACAGUUUCCUUCAUAACGAGGGUCAACAUGUCCAUUCUGUCAAUCGAAUUUUUGUUCAAACAUCCAUUCUACAAACGUUUACUGAUAAAUUUAUCAGAGUCGUGCAGAGAUUGAAAAUUGGAAAUCCUUCUGAAAGCAGCAUACAGGUAAGAACAUACUUUUUAAAUCUCAUCACGGCCGUUAUAUUAUAAGGGGCGAGGCGUUGCUUUAAGUAUAGCCAAAUACGAUACUUUCAAGAGUUUUCAUUUUAGUAUCUUGAUUUUAUGUUACUAAAUGGAGGGAAAAAUUAAAGUGGGUUGACUAUUAAGUCUCACCUGGUCUGCUAUUCUUUAACCUUAUAUUACUGUAUUUGUGUCAUCUUACGACAAGGUCGUCGGUAUAAUAAUGAUGAUGAUGACGGUGACGAUGAAGAUGAUGAUAAAGAUAACAAUCAAUAAUCAAAUUAAAUAAGCUCCAAUCAAAUCUAGUUCUAUUCUUAAGUGCAGUGGCGAAUCCAGACCUUCCGAUAAGGCGGGGGCCCGGUCAUCCAGACCCUGAGACAAGGGAGAUGCCCGGUCUCAAAAAACCUUUUUUCGGCCCUUGGGGCCUCAGUUUGGUCUAAAAAUAAGGAGAGGCCCGGGCCUCUCGGGCCUCUCCACUAGAUCCGCCACUGAAGUGAGUACUGAACCUCUUCUGUGUCCACUUCCUUAAUACUUUAACAUCAGCAAAAGGCGUUUUUCAAGGGUAUGUAUGUAGGGCUUACAUGAAUGAAUCAUGAUAACUCAUAAAUUUUCAAAGGGACAGACAUACAGACUAUGAAAAAUGUGUUUCUUCUGUGCAAUGCCAGCAAUAUAGAAAAUUUAUGCAAUUCCACCACUGGUCAGAGUCAAGCUCCAUUACAAUACUCCUUGACUGCUGAUCUGUUUUUUGACUUAUUUUUUUGUAGGUUGGACCUUUAAUAAGUAGGGAGCACAGGCAAAAGAUAAUAAACCUUAUCCAAGGAGCUGUAAACGACGGUGCAGAGAUCCUGUGCGGUGCCAAAAUUCCAAAACUAGACAGCAAGUUGAACAGAGGUUAUUUCUUAGAGCCCACCGUACUUGGAGGUUAGUUUAAGUGUUAGGUUUUAAUUAUGGUCUCGAGCGAAAUAUGAUUGCUUUGAGUCGAGAAUCUUGAAAAAGGUUUUUGAGGUCUGGGGUGUAAAUGACAUCAACAUUCGAAAACACAGCUAAAAUAAGGGUACUCAGCUAUGAAACCCCGUUAUUUUUUUAAUAUCUACCUCGAAUUAUAAAUUGAUGUGUCCCAAUAACCAGCUAUUAGUUACCUCAAUUGGCCCUGUAUUAGACUUCGAAACAGUCAAGUCCCGGGUAGAUAAACAGCGGGCCACUGACGUCAUUUUUCAAUAACUCUUUUUAUUAUUGGGCUUUUGACGACAGGAAAGGCUUGAAAUUAUGAGUGAAUAAUAAUACAUAAUGCAUAGAAGGAGUGCAGCCAUCAACAAGGAUUGCUCUUAAAACGAGGGACAUACGGAGAAAAUAAGAGACUGAGGAGGUAUCCAUGGCCAAAAAAGACUCCUGGGAUAAGAAAAAAAACCGUAGGUUCCGUAUCACGUCACUUCCCAGAUGUGACUCUUACACAUGAAGCAUUGAAAAAAAAAGACAAUGUCCCUCGGUGACUACCCCUAGCUAGUGUCUGUCUAUCAUGGUUUGGGGGAAUUGGUAAUAUAGGGAAGGGAUACACCUCCAAUUGGUUCUAUGAGUCCCGAACGUACCCAUCCCCACUGGGCAGGUUUUGUGCCUACUGAGGCUGAUCCAUGCAAGAAAACACUCUAAGAAGAGUAUUUUGAUUAUGGUGGGAUGCUAUGUUAUCCUAUUUUAUAUUUAAUAGGUUUUCAAAGCAAUUUUACGGACACUAUUAACACUAUGGANACCUCCAAUUGGUUCUAUGAGUCCCGAACGUACCCAUCCCCACUGGGCAGGUUUUGUGCCUACUGAGGCUGAUCCAUGCAAGAAAACACUCUAAGAAGAGUAUUUUGAUUAUGGUGGGAUGCUAUGUUAUCCUAUUUUAUAUUUAAUAGGUUUUCAAAGCAAUUUUACGGACACUAUUAACACUAUGGAGGUUCCAGGACCAGUGGUAAAUAUGAACUUAUAUAAAAUGAAUCAAAUGCCGCUUUCCUAAACUAAGUUGGUGUGAAUGGGGCAAUAAGAAGAGUGAGACAGGGGAGAAGGUGAGGCUUGCGUGGUUCGCGCGAGAAUCUCACGCUAGUACUUCGCGCCUCGCGCCUCGCGCCUCGCGCCUUGUAAACUCAUAAUUUGUAUUUAGGCGUUAAAAGUGUUCUAAACACAAAUGUGAAGGGAGCGGUGAAUGUGCCAAAAUUGCAACAAAGUAAAGAGGCAGAACGAGAAGUAAGCUCAGGCGCCGCCAAGCGAUUUUCAUUAUAACACAAGAGAGGACAGAAGAUUUGUUAGGUAGGCAAACAUUUAGCUACAAGCUAUGUAGCGAUUAAUUACAAAGCAAAUACAAAUACUUAUCUGCUUGGUAGUUCCAAGGAGUGUUCAAGGUUACAGAACAAUAUAACACAGAGAAGAAAUCCUUAAAUACUUUAAAUCUUCUCUCGCAUCUGACAAACAGCUUAUUCCAAAAUGGCGGCAAUAUUACUCUUCUUUUAUGUUUAUGUUAAUUUGCCCUCUUUACCUCAACUGUGUUUGCAAAUUACAAAAGAACUUCGACCUUGAAGCGAGGCCAAUUAAUAUUAUUCUAUAGGGCCAAUAGGCCUCUUUGGUGUGUAUCUUUUGUUUUCCCGCUGAAAGUCUCGGGGCAAUUUGCACGUGAGUAGACAAAAUAUGUAAGAAACAGUUCUCAAAAGUAUUAUCAUAUGAUCUACGUACGUUGGAAAAAUAAAAAAUACAAGCUAAAGAGGUCUAUUUAACAUUAUCAGUCGGCCUCCAUAUUUGGGUAAGAUGUAUGCGCUUUGUUUUUUUCUGUCUUACCAAGAAGCACUUUUUUAUGUCCCUAUGCAAAUAUAAAUCACAUUUUACAUAGUAAUAAUAAUAAUAAUAACAAUAAUAAUAAUAAGUACAAAACCAUUCAUAGCCAGCAAAGUAAAUUAAAACUUUUUUUUCUUUCAAAGGUUAGAUUGAUACCAUUUCGGACCUCAGGCGAAGUCAUAGAAGCUGUUAAUGUAACGUCGUACGGACUAUCUGCUUCGAUUUGGUGCAGAAAUGUUAGUUUAGCUCACUCCGUGGCAGACCAGCUAAAUUUCGGGUAAGGCCAUGAAUGGUAGCCUAACAAGACAGCCGACGUUCCUCGACGUUACCAUUGACCAUGCAUGGUUUUCCCGCGAAAUGACGCCUGAGGAACGAGGCAGAAAUCCCAUACUGAUGACGCGUCACUACCCAAUCAGAAGGACUUUCCUUAUUUAGGUAGAGAUGCGUCAUCAGAAUGGAAUCUCUGCAGUGUUCUUUUGGCGCUAUUUUGCGGAAAAAACCAGUGGUGACUUCGAGAAAUGUCUGCCGUUUUCUCAGCUAUAUGAAAGGCAGAUGUGAAAGAAAAUGUCACUAACAUACAUGCAAGUCUGUCCCCAUUCCGAAUUGAGAAUGCAUGAGACCUUUAAUUCUUCUUGCACAAGACUUCAAUGAGCCUUGAAUAAAGAUUCUUUACGUUUAAGCCAAAAUUUGGCAGCAAUAUCGAUCGCCCCAGUUUGGCCGGCCGGGUGAGUUUCAGUCUGAAAAUAAUAACUGGUUUUUACAAUGGCUUGAGGUUUGACGAAUACGAAGGAGAACAAUUCGAAUUCACCUUAUUAUUGCUAUUGUCGUGACAAUUUAAUUGGCUCUGUAGUCUUGAGUCGGUGAUUGCUAUGUUUCAUCUGUGCUUUUUAAGAGUGAACCUUACCGUCUUUUUGUCACAGUGAUUAGGUUUGGUCCCCACCGACUGAUUUCUGAGAGAGAGUUAUGAAAUACAAGGAAUGAGAAAAUUUACCCACAACUUACGAAUCACUGUAACUCGAAAAAACAGGGGGAAAGACGGAUAUUUGGCAAAACUUAAUGUUUGUUUUGCUUUUUAUUUUAUUUUAUUUCUGUAUUAUUUUUCAUUUGUAAUUUUAUUUUAUCCUUUUUUCACUUAAUUUCUUUUUCAUUAUCUUAGCUCGGUGUGGAUAAACAGCUGGCUGCCAAACAAUCCUAGCAUGCCUUCAGAGGGAUGGAAACACAGUGGACCAGGAAGGACAGGAGGCCUUUACUCUAUGGACUUCUACACUGAACUAAAAACCGUCAACAUAAGAUUAUAAAUCGUCCCGAGACAUUUAACUUUU